AUGUGCCUGACCAGAACCAUGACUGGGCUGUUUCUCUGCAUCUUUUCAGGCGCUGUAACUCCGCUCUCCGCCAUUGCUUACACCGGCAACCCGGCUGACGCGAAGCGGGAAAGGCGACUUCUCUCGAUUCUUGAGAAGCACCACUGGUUUUUGAUUGCUCCCCUCGAGUAGAGUGACACUGCGCUCUAGAUACUGCCGUUGAUUCUCACUAUAUUUCUUCUGCCCAUAGCGACGAUUGUCACAUCUGUCGCGAUCACACUCGUUUUCUGCGAGAUUCUUCCACAGGCUUUGCUCAUCCAGCACACAUUUGCUGUCUGCUGUCUCGUCUCUAUUUUUUCGUGCGUUCGUGUGGAUCAAUGCCGCCUGUGGCAUGUCCAAUGUGUCAGCUGCUGGAUCCUGUUGUAGAUAGCAAAGGAGGCACUCUUUUUCCAGCGUCGCAAGCCGCACAGGGUCAUUCGAAUCCAAUAUGAGAUGGAUGAGCGGGGGAGAAGGGAGAAGCGCGCAGAAGUGGAAGAAGGCGAGGUCGAAGUCCAGGACAAUGAUGAGGACCUCACAAAGGAGAUCAUGUUGAUGCUCAACGUGCUCAGUUUGUCGGAAAGCGCUGCGAAAGACAUGGUACAGCUCCUCAUCGAGAAAAAAUCUACAAGAGGCACAUCGACGCUUUCCUCUCUUCAUCCCUCAUUGCAGAUGUGUUUGCUAAGGGGUACAGCUUCAUCCCAGUCUGCGAGGACGCCGACGAUUCAGAAAACGUGGCGCGAAUCCUCAGCGAAGAUGCUCUUCCUGCUCAUCUAUCGAUUCGAGUCAGAGGGUGUGUGUGUGCGAUAUGCAGCUGGUGCAUUGCUUCAGCGCUUCAAUGACAGCACCAUGGAGACUGAGGUCUUUGUGCAUCUGCAAAGCAUCAUGCCAUUCGUUUCUGCAGUCACAAAGAGUUGGUGA